AUGGUGGCCGAAUCCAAGCUCUACGAUGCCUUGAGCAUCAAGCCCGAUGCCUCACAAGACGAAAUCAAGAAGGCCUACCGCAAAGCCGCCUUGAAGUACCACCCUGAUAAGAAUAAAGAUAAUCCUCAAGCAUCUGAGAAAUUCAAAGAUGUCUCCCAAGCCUACGAAGUCCUUUCCGAUCCUGAAAAGCGCAAGGUCUACGACCAAUACGGCCUUGAUUAUCUCAUGCGCGGCGGUCCCCCGCCCUCGUCUGGUGGUGGAGCUAGCGGCGGUGCUGGCCCCGGUGGCAUGCCUGGAGGAUUCAACUUUGGCGGCAUGCCCAGUGGCGGUAGCCGGUCAUUCCACUUCUCCACUGGCCCUGGAGGUGCCGGUGGCUUCAGCUUCAGCAAUGCCGACGAUAUUUUCCGCGAAUUCACGAAAAGCAGCGGCGGUGGUGGCAUGGGCGGUUUCGAUGACGAUGACCUGUUCUCCAUGCUGAACGGCGGCAUGGGCGGGGGUGGAUUCGGCUCGCGCGCUCGUCCUCGCGCAAGUGGAUUCCAGCAGCAGCAACGAAAGCGUGCUCCUACCCCCGAACCGACCAUCGUUGAGAAGGACCUGCCUGUGACUUUGGAAGAAAUCUUCCAUGGUGUCACCAAGAAGGUGAAGACAAAGAGCAAGAGCUUCGACUCUAGUGGCAGACUCUCUGCUCGUGAAGUGAUCCUGGAAGCCAAAAUCAAGCCUGGUCUUCGUGGCGGAUCAAAGAUCAAGUACAAGAACUUUGGCGACUCCGAGGAAGGUGGUCGUCAAGAUAUGCACCUUAUCGUCAAAGAGCAAAAACACGAUAUGUACACCCGCUCCGGUGACAACCUCAUUAUCAAUGUCGACCUUAGCUUGAAGGAAGCGCUGACCGGCUGGGAGCGCAUCGUCCGCACCAUUGACGGAAAAUCCAUUCGAGUUCAGAAGCCCGGGCCUACCCAGCCCGGUCACGAGGAGCACUACCCCGGUCUCGGCAUGGUGAUCUCCUCCAAGCCCAGUGAACGCGGUGAUUUCGUCGUCCGCGUCAACGUCAAGUUCCCGACCAGUCUGACUCCCGCCGCAAAGGACAUUCUGAAGGAUGUUCUCCCGUGA